UUCGCUUGCAUUUCAAGUGCAUCCACUCCGAAGCGUUACGUCAGGAAUCGAGAUGUCGAUGACCGACAACCGUUGAAAACUCAAUGGGUGGCGGGGGUUGAUAGCUGUUAUCAGAGAAAAUGUUUUUGGGCCAUUGACCGAUUCCCUAGAUAUAAACCGGGCCAUCGAUUGUGCUACUGGGUCAGUCGGUGUUCUAAUUUCAAUUGCAAUAGCCGAUCGAACGGAUUCGUUGAGGCAAUGAAGCAUUCCAUGCACGUGAGGUUAUCUAUAUUAUCAACGGCGGUUUGGUUUGGUUUGUGUUGGAGGGGAGUUUUUGCGGGUAGUGCGAAUGUGAAUGACACUUUGUGUGACGUACAAUUGCAUGCGGCUAUCUCCGGACUUAGUUCGAAAGAACUAUGGGCUUUGCAGUUGUUUGAUUCCUGGGGAAACUGGCCUUCAGGAAAGUUCUAUGGUAACAGAUACGACUUUGGGAACUAUGAUCAAUGUCAAGGCUACACGCAUGAUCACGCUGUUGGUCGUAUAAAUGGGCGCUAUUGUAUGGUGGUGAUAACGCGUGAGUCUAACUUGACAAACGAUGGAAUUCAAAGUCGUUUCUUCUUGAAUACGGAAGAGAUUGACGGAGUUGGAGUGGGUGUGUGUCUUCCGCACGUUUGCUCCGAACAAAAAUCGGAAGCUCUUUUGAAAGAUAUAAUCAAACUGAAGUACAAUGUUGAAAUCAACAAUUUGUCUCUACAAUGCGAUUACGGGCCAAUUCCUCUGGGAUCGAAACGAGCAACUGCUAUAAUCAUAUUUUCAAUUUGUGCAUUCCUCGUGACAACUAGUACUUCAUAUGAUAUAAUCACAGCAAUGGCUUCGUAUCCCAGGACGCCCGCAUUAACUUCAUUUUCAUUAUACUCCAACUGGAAAAAAAUGAUGAGAAGAACACAAUCGGUGAAAAUUGAACAUCGGAAGUCCGAGACCUUCGAGUGUAUUCAUGGUAUCCGAGUGCUGGCCAUCCUCUGGAUCAUAUUUGGCCACAGUUAUUUGUUGAUGCUAUCGGCACCACUGAUUAACCCUAUAGCUAUCCUCGAUUGGUUUGCCUCACCCCAUAGCUCGCUGAUUAUCGCUGGACGUAUUUCGGUGGACACGUUCUUCUUACUGAGUGGAUUACUAACAUGCUGGAGUCUGCUGAAAGAGCUUGAUCGUUCGUCCCAGCUAAAUAUCCCACUUAUGUAUCUGCAUCGGUAUCUACGCCUCACCCCAGCAUUUGCUGCUCUGAUCCUGUUCACGGUAGGCGUGUAUCCGAACAUCAGCUCCGGACCACUUUGGAACACAUCUUUAAGGCUAUCGGUUGACUUCUGCAACGAAUACUGGUGGUCUGCCUUGCUUUACGUCCAGAAUUACGUGAACCCCAACCAAAUGUGUUUGGGGCACUCAUGGUAUCUCUCAGUGGACAUGCAAUUGUUCCUUCUAUCUCCGUUCAUCGUUUACCCUUUGUGGAAAUGGGGUCGUAAAGUAUUGAUCAUAGUAGGAUUUCUUAUUCUAUUUUCUAUGUGCUACAUAAUUGGAGUAUUUUUCAUCUAUGAGCUACGCGUUAAUCUACUCGUAUCGAGUUUGGAUCGAGACAAGUACAGCUAUCAACCAACACACACCAGAAUGGGUGCGUGGUUUAUGGGACUGAUUGUUGGCUAUAUUUUACACCAAACUAAAGAUCGAAUUGUUAGACUAUCAAAACUGCACGUAACUCUCGGUUGGAUAUUGUCGGGAGGAAUUAUAACGGCAUGUGUUUUUGGAUCGUAUCCACUAAAUCAGCCCGAUUCGAAACAACUCCCUCGAAUCGCGGACGCACUGUACGAGUCCACCAAACACGUACUCUGGGCUGCGAGCGUGGGUUGGAUUGUGUUCGCUUGCACUAACGGAUAUGGCGGACUCGUGAACACGAUCCUGUGCUGGCCCAUUUGGCAACCGCUUGGAAAGCUAUCCUAUUGCUUGUAUCUGUUGCAUUUACCCAUUCAAACGAUACUCACUGGAUCGAUGCGAACUGUGCGCCAUUUUAGUGAUUUCGGGACAAUGCACACGUUUUGGGGGGACUUCGGGUUUACCAUGCUGGCCGCGAUCGCGUGGACGCUGUUAUUUGAGAUUCCAUUCGGGAAUCUUGAUGCAUUGCUGUUGAGGAGAGCGAAAAGUUCCGACCGGUAGUAAAUAAGAUCUGUAACAUCUUAUGAAACCAUUGUGAAGUUCAAUACAUUUAGGAAAAGUAUCUAUAUUUACGUUUAUUUUAUUUCUUAUGAUUGUACUUUUUUAGGUUAGCAAUAAAGUUGUAAAGAAGUGUGAAAUUACAGUUCAAAUAAAAUCCGCUUUUCCUAUGAAAA